CAAAAAUAUCUCAAUUUUCAUAACUGGUUGUAACCGAGGCAUUGGUAUUGCCAUGGUUAAGCAAAUAUUGUCACUGCCUAAUACUCCGAAAGUGCUAUUUGGUACUUGUCGUUCUUUGAAAUCUGACAGCUCUCGGGAGCUACGUGAGCUUGCAGAGAAGAACCCGAUCUUACAUCUUCUAGAAUUGGAUGUUACCAAUGCUUUGCAGCUUGAAGCUGUGGUUAAAGAAGUUGAAGAAAAACUUUCCGGAUCUGGAUUAAAUCUAUUGAUAAAUAACGCAGGCAUAUAUGAUUUGAAAAACUCUGGAUAUGGCGAAGCUACAACUACACUAGAUGAAGUUAGCGGUGAGCUGAUGAUGAAAGUCUAUGAGACAAACGCAGUAGCACCUCUUAUGAUAGUGAAAGCUUUCUUGACGUUGCUACGUCGAGCUGCAUCGAGCAAUGAUCCACCAUGUCAGCCUCAAGCAACUGUUAUUAAUAUUUCAUCCGUUGAUGGCUCAAUUACACUGAAUGCAGGUGGCCAUUACCAAUACAAAUGUUCAAAGGCUGCAAUCAACAUGUUGACCGUGUCUCUCAGCAAUGACUAUGCUAAAGAUGGUAUAACUGUUGUCUGUAUCGACCCUGGUUGGAUUAAAACUGAUAUGGGUGGAAAAGCAGCACCACUGACUCUUCCUGAAGCGAUACCAUCAUUAGUGAACUUAAUCGGCUCAUUAGAUCCUUCAAAGACAGGUUCUUUCUUGCAGUAUAAUGGUAACACUUUACCCUGGUGACUUUAGUUUAUUAAUAAUUUGUACACAUAUGUUUGUACACAUAUUUGUACACAUUAUACAUAUGAAAAAUAAAUGUGGAAAUGAGCCAUGGCAGGAGAAUAAGGCUCAGCUGUGACCAGUACCCUGUCAGACUAGUUAUUUGGGUGCCAUUUAUAAUAUAUUGAGUGCCAUAAAUAAACUUUAACUCCAACCAACUACCCAGUCACAAAGGAAGAAUAUAUAAAAAUUAUAUCUUUUGGGAGUUUUGGGCCAGUCCCUCUAAAUUAUUAGAUGACGUCACCAAAGCAGUGAUGGUAUAUAUGGGACAUAUGGUAUUGUAAAGUACAUUAGUACAACUGUUCUUUUAGAAAAUGGUGCUAUAAUGUAUUCUUGUUAUGAGACAUGGUAUAUAUUAUGUAAGGUUUACUACAGGAUAGUUCAUAGCUUUAUCUUAUAUUUUGUAUGUAUUUGUAAUUUCACCUAAUUUCAAAGAAU